GCCUGUUCGCUCCUCCUCGGCUCCUCUCUCGCGAGCUCGCGUCCGUCCAAGCACAAGCGGACAAAGGAAAGGGAGGGUUAAAGAGGAAGGGCGGCCUUAGACAACAGCUCUUCUUCCCAUCCUCGCCUCCCUUCACGUUCCCCGCACUCGCUGGAGGAGACGAGAGGGGCAGAGAGAGAGACCAAGACCAUCGUCGUCCCACUCCACCCCCUGUUUCGUUUCGUGAUUUCGUCUGUUUCACUCCAUUCCCUCACCCACCCACCCCGCAACCCAACAAGCGCCGCCUGCCACAACAAGCCUGGAAAAAAGAGAGAGAGAGGGGCUCAGGGCCGCUCGACGACGCGAGUGCAAACAAACCCAAGAGAAGAUUCUCCCAUCAACAACACCCCGGCGGCGCACGAUCCGUCUGUCUGCAGUGCAGCCCACGCGCCGCAUCCGCCGCGUUAUAAUCAUCCCCAGCAGUCCACCCCGGCACCGUUUCGCUCUCGCUCACUCCCGGCGUCAGCGUCUCCCUUCACCGCAGACCCACAACCACGGCGUGCCUGCCCAAGCCCUUGGCCGAGCGCCAUGCCGCGCAGCGCCGGCGCCGCGAGGGUCUGAGCGAAGCUUUCGGCCUAGCGUUUCCGGGUUGAGCCAGCCAGCCAGCCAGGCGAUCGAUGGGGUGCAAAGGGUCCAAGCUGGACGACCAGGAGGCCGUGGCGCUGUGCCGGGGCCGCGCCGACCUGCUCGCGGCGGCCGUGCGCCACCGCUACGCGCUCGCCGACGCGCACGGCGCGCUGGCGGACUCGCUCGCGUCCGUCGCCGCGGCGCUCCACCUCCUCAUGACCGCCCCGGGCCAGCCGCGCCUCGCGCUCCCCGCCGCGCGCAAGGCCGCGGACGUGGACGCGCCGCCCGCCGCCGCCGCCGCCUCCGCCUCGCCGCCGCACUCCUCGUCGCACAUCAACUUCGCGCCGUCCUCCGACUCCGACUCCGGCUCCGUCACCUCCUCGCCCCCGCGCCGCCUCGCCGCCGGCUACGACCACCUCUCCCACCACCACCCGCUCCCGUUCCCGCACUACGGCUACGGCUACGCGCCCGAGCCCCCCUACGGUGGGUACCCGCCGCCGGGAUCGCUGCGCCUCUACUACGCGCGUAGCCGCCCGCCCCCGGCCUCGGUCGCCAUCGAGCAGCGCGCCCCGCCGUCGGAGCGCGUGUACCACGGGUCCGUCGAACCGGCGGGUGGGCACCCGCAGUACUACUCGUACGGGGGCGAGCCCGCAGGCAGGGCGGCCGCGCCGCCGCCCCCGUCCCCGCCGAGGACCACCUCGUGGGACUUCUUCAAUGUGUUCGCCGACUACGACGUGUACGACAACUACUGCUACGACGACGCCGGCGGCGUCGGGGCCACGUCGGCGGCGUACACGCCGAGCAGGAGCUCGCGAGAGGUGCGGGAGGAAGAGGGCAUCCCAGACCUCGAGGAGGAGGACGCCGUCGUCAAGCAGGUGGCCGGCGAGUUCUCGGCGCCCGGGAGUGGCGCACGCAGCCGGCGCAGCUCGAUCGGCGGCGUCAGCAGCGGCAUUGCCCAAGUCGACCAAGAGGACAGUUCUGUCGUCGAUAAGCAAGUCAUUGGCGGGGGUAACGUGGCGCCGGCGCAACGUAACACUGCAUCCUCUGCGCCCACACCCCGUAGGCCCGUCGACACUACAGACGUUGCCGGGGAGAUCAAGGCGCAGUUCGUUCGAGCUGCAGACGCUGUCAGGGCACUUUCACCACUUCUUGAGAUCGGGAGGCGGAGGUACCACCACCGAAGCUCAGUGUACCAUGUUUCAUCAAGCAUGGUGUCAGCGAUUGCCUUGCCGCAUUCGGACGUUGGAGGCAUCGAACUCCUGGACGUUGGAAGUGAGAAGGUGUUGGGAGGAAGAAGCCUGUGUUCGACACUGGAGAAGCUCUAUGUCUGGGAGAAGAAAUUGUAUGAUGAGGUUAAGGCUGAAGAGAAAAUGCGUCUGCUGCUUACAAAGAAUGCAAAGCGGCUGAAGUACUUGGAUCUGAAAGGUGCAGAAGCUCAGAAGAUCGAUCCGAUCCGAAAUAUGGUCAGGAAGUUGUCAACAAAAUUAAGAAUAUCUGUAAGAGUAAUUACCAAGGUCUCCAAAAAGAUAAACAGAGUAAGGGACGAAGAAUUGUGGCCACAAAUUAAUGCCUUAAUCCAAGGGUUUGUAAGAAUGUGGCGAGACAAGUUGGACUGCUACCAGAUACAGUGUCAAAUGAUCUCAGAGGCAAAAAAUCUGGAUUCAAUUGUUCCUCAUGGAAACAAUCGAGACUUGGCAUUAGAGCUUGAACUAGAGAUGAUGAAAUGGAUUGUCAAUUUUUCCUCCUGGGUGAACGAACAGAGGAGCUUCGUCAAGGCGCUGAACGGAUGGCUAUCACUUUGUCUUGACUACAAAGUUGACGAGACAGUCGACGGAGUUCCUCCUUAUUCACCUGGAAGGGUGGGUGCUCCCCUUGUGUUUGUCAUCUGCAACAGCUGGUCUCAAGCCAUGGAUCGGUUCUCCGAGAAGGAAGUGGUUACCUCGAUGCAAGCUCUUGUGUCCAGUGUGCGCAAGCUGUUGGAUAAACAGAAUGUGGAGCAAAUGGAGCAGACGAUCGCUACACGGGAAAGGGAAAAAUGGAACAAAAUACUGGAAAAGAAAACUGUGGAGAUCAACAAGGAGGCAGAUGUGUUGAACAGGAAGUUGGCCCUGAUACCAGGUCGGCACAGCCGGCUUCCAAGCGCGCAAACAUACCAGGAACAUCUUCUUGACGCAAGCAGUUUGCAGAGUAGCUUGCACCGUGUCGUCCAAGCCCUAGAAAGCUUCACCUCCAAUUCGCUGCAAGCAUUCGAGCAGACCCUGAGACAUGCCGAAGAGGAAAGGUCGUCCAGGGAGAGCGCCAAAGUUUCAUAGUGAACAAGAAUGUAGCACUAUGAGCAUGUUCUUACUGGGAGGCAUCGACGCCGAACAUACUGGGCAAAUGCUGCUCACAUAGAAUUUUUGGUGGACAAAUCCUAACUACUGUGUUUAACUGACCAAGGCUCGUUUAGGGCUUUAGGCGAAGGUCCCAUCGGCGUCCGUCAGCGUAGAUAUAUGUAGCAGCAAUUUUUUUAUAGGAGAAGUGCCCUUUUCGGUGGUGGUAUGCUUACGAGGCGCAUCGAGUUUUGUUUCAUUGUGUCGCUAUGGAAUGCCGUUUGUUAAGGCCAUGUUUGCUAUAGUUUUACCAACAGAUCCAGAUUUAUUUUUUUC